ACGUCAUUUCUGUGUGUCUCUUGCAGGUUGCUCAGAAGAUGGGCUUCCCACCGGCUCUGGUGAACGAGGCAGCAGAGAACAUGAUCAAACUGUACAACGUGUUCAUUAAGUACGACGCCUCCAUGGUGGAGAUCAACCCCAUGGUGGAGGACUCCUCUGGCAUCGUGAUGUGCAUGGAUGCCAAGAUCAACUUUGACUCCAACGCAGUGUACCGCCAGAAGAAGGUGUUCGACAUGCAGGACUGGACUCAGGAGGACCCCCGGGACCGGCAGGCCGCCAAGGCAGACCUCAACUACAUCGGCCUGGACGGAACCAUCGGCUGUCUGGGUCAGUGCUCACCAAAUGUCACGAACACUACAGAAGUUCAGGCCAUCCUGGUCAACAUCUUCGGAGGCAUCAUGAGGUGUGAUGUCAUCGCCCAGGGCAUCAUCAUGGCCGUGAGAGACCUGGACCUCAAGAUCCCCAUCGUAGUCCAGUUACAAGGUACAGCAAACACAUGA